AUGGUUGUGGAUGAGAUUUCAGAGAUUCUUUCAUUCGACCAGACUAAUUGGCUUGCUCCAUACAUAACUUUUAAUACUGAGAAAUGUCAGAAAGCUAAAAAGACUGGGAACAUAUUUUUGAGUGACUUCUUUAAGCUCAAAAAUAAUACAGUAUACAGCAAAACUAUAGAGGAUGUUCAAAAGUACCAGAAUGUUAAGCUUAGGAAGAUGAAUAAUGAGCGAGAUGAAAAGGCUUUCUUGAAAAAGGUUCGCCAGCCAUCAUUCAAGUAUAACAGACAGUUUGGAGAUACUCUUGUAAGAGCACAUAUGAAAAAGGCUAGUAAAAAAUAUGGAGACAAAGUCCGUUUCAGCUAUAUGGAUACAAAUUCCUUUAUAUAUCAUGUUGAGACUGAAGAUAUCUAUAAAGAUAUGGCUGAAAGACCUGAUCUCUUUAAUCUCAAUGGGGAUCCAACAGUUGGUAAAUUUAAGGAUGAAACACCUGGCAAUAAGGGCAUGAAUGAAAUGGCUACGGAUACAUAUAUGCCAACUUUAGAAGGAUCUUUGCUUGAUGAUCCGAUAGAUAAGUCAUUACUAACAGAUCAAGAAGCUAAGGAUUUAGCAAUGCGUACUGAAGCAGAUUCUAUGACCUUAGAAGUAUUCCAUGCUAAAAAUGUGGGUAUUCGAUCUAAAGACCAUGUACUAUCUCUAGUCGAGUCCGAGAAAAAAGCCUUAUGCCCCAUAGAUACUAAGCGCUGGAUAUUAUCAGAUGGGAUAACUACUUUACCAUAUGGUCAUUGGCGCAAUAUGAUUUAUAAGAAUAUGGUCAAAGAUGGUAUAUCCCAUGAAUAG